AUGCGCUAUGCGCGUCCUGAGUUCCUCGAUGACAUAGCGGCCGACACGCCGCUGCCCAUGAUUGUGGACGGAGACCUUGGCAUGCCAAUCGACUUGUCGCGGUGGGAGUGCCUAUGGGGGGAGAACCUCGACGACUCAGACCUCAACCCUGACCCAAACAAUCUUCCCAAACUCGACCCUAAGGACCAGUUCCUAUUGUCGGACCCUGCUUCAUCUACGCCAUUCCUUGGCAAUGGGCAUGCCUCAGGGCCCAUGCCAUCAUCAUCACAGCCAGUAAUGCCCCAUGUGCCAUGGCUCCGGAGAACGGAGUAUCUCAGCCGUGAGGGUGGGGCGCGACCUACUUCCACACAAGAUGCGAGACCGAGCAUGGACGCUCCUGUCGACAUUUCACGUUCAGCGCAAAUACGCGACAUUGAGGCAUCCUUCGCCGUGACUGAUAGUUUCGACCUCGGCGCGCUCAAACACCCGAACAAGCCUGGGGUUACGGCGGUCGACUCGUAUGAGAUCUUCCCUGACGCAGAAAUCUGGGCGAACGCGUACGACCUGUUCCGAUUCUCUGAGCGGCCUGGUGAGCGCCCAUCAGAUGUAGAGGACCCGCGACUCGAUUGUGCUAUUCUGCGCCCCAUGGAGUCCGAUGGGGAUCACUUUUUGGCCUACUACCUGACGAAGGAUGAUGAGACUGCACUCGAAUUCAAGCAGAACCGGCUAGCGCGGUCACCAGACGCCCCAGAAGAAGACGAGCCGACGCCCUUCCAAUUUGCGCGAGACUACGAGACAGUCAAGGUUGAGCAGGAGGUGCCGAACGAGUUCCUACUCGUCAUCGACGAUGGCGACGCGAAACUGGAGGAUGUCAAGGAUGAAGAUGUGAAACCGCAGAAACCCCGGGUGAAAGGGGCGUACUACAAGAACAUUGAGCGGAAAAUGCUGCUCAAGAAGAAACGCCAGAACGCAUACGAGGCGUACGGUGGCGACAAAUGGGACAUUAUCAAGAUUACGCAUGCGCAGAUGAGUCCUGAAGAGGAGAACGAGCGCGAGGAGGCGCUCGCGGAGGUUAUGGACCCGAUGUAUCUGUUGUCGCGUGCAGAUGCAGAUGCGGAGGGCGAGAUUGACGACACAGUUGUGGGCACGAGCGGAGUGAACGGGGACGCUCAUGGCGACAGGGGGAUCACUGAUGAUGCACUAGAGGUGUUUGGAGAGUAG